CAUUGUACAAAGCCAGCCCUUCCUACUCUAAGAUGCAAUUUCACUUCCAUUUUAUGGCGAAACGACGUUAGACUGGUAAACAAGAGUACACUAACAUCAGCAGAAAUGCGCGCCAAAUAAGCUUCAACAACCAACACCGUCAAAAAUUAAACCCCACUAUUUUUCUCUGGUAAUCUCUGCUACCAAAAAAAAUCCCAAAUUCCGCCAUUAAAAUGGAGAAGAAGCAGAAGAAACAACAGGUAAUUUCCCGCUUUUUUGCCCCUAAACCCAAACAAACCCCUUCUUCUCCUUCUUCAAACAACGAUAAACCCUCUUCUUCUUCUUCUCCUUCCCCUAAAAUCACUUCCACCGUUUCAUUCUCCCCUGCCAAACGCCUUAAAUCCUCUGAAUUUAGUCAUUCUGUUAAAAAACCCAAGCUUUCCCCUCAUACUCAGAAUCCAAUUCCGUCUUUUCCAGAUUCUAAUCCUGCCCUUCAUCAGAAAUUCCUCCAGAAGCUUUUAGAACCUUCUGAUGAUGUUCUUGAAGCUUCCAUGAAAAAACCCCAACCCCAUUUGAAGGAACAACAAACUAGUAAACCUAAGUAUACCCCACUUGAAUUACAAGUAGUGGAGUUGAAGAAUAAAUACCCAGAUAUAUUGUUGAUGAUUGAAGUUGGUUAUAAGUUUAGGUUUUUUGGUAAAGAUGCUGAAAUUGCUGCUAGGGUUUUAAGGAUUUAUGCUCAUGUAGAUCAUAAUUUUUUGACUGCUAGUAUUCCUACAUUUAGAUUGAAUGUUCAUGUUAGGAGGCUUGUUAGUGAAGGAUAUAAGGUGGGUGUUGUUAAACAGACUGAAACCGCGUCGAUUAAGGCUCAUGGGUCGAACCGUGCUGGCCCGUUUACUCGUGGGUUAUCGGCAUUAUACACUAAGGCCACCAUCGAUGCGGCCGAGGACUUGGGAGGUGGUGAAGAGGGGUGUGGGUCAUUGAAUAAUUACUUGUUUUGUGUGGUUGAGAGGGAUGUAUUAGUGGAGAAUGUGGAUUGUGGUAUUGAGGGUGGAUUUGAGGUGAAAAUUGGGGUUGUUGCUGUUGAAACAUCAACUGGGGAUGUUGUUUAUGGGGAAUUUAAUGAUAAUUUUAUGAGGGCUGGUCUUGAAUCCAUCCUUUUGAGUUUGUCUCCAGCUGAGUUGCUUCUUGGGGAGCCUCUUUCGAAACGAACACAAAAGCUAUUAUUGACAUAUGCCGGCCCUGCAUCUAAUGUGCGCGUGGAGCGUGCCUCAUGUGAUUGCUUCAAAGAUGGUGGUGCACUGGCUGAAUUGAUGUCUUUGUUUGAGAACACUAGCGAAGGUGGUUUUGAGCAUUUAGAAGAUAAUCAUGGAGAAGUUGCUGGUGAAAGAAAUGGACCAGCAAUCAAGGGGAUCAUGGGAAUGCCAGCAUUGACUCUGCAGGCUUUGGCUGUUGCUGUGCGACAUCUGAAACAAUUUGGUCUGGAGAGGAUUUUGUCUCUUGGGGCUUCAUUUCGGCCAUACACCAGCAAUAGUGAGAUGAAUCUCUCAGCUAACACACUUCAACAACUAGAGGUUUUGAAGAACAGCAGCAAUGGGUCAGACUCUGGUUCGUUGCUGCAGACUAUGAAUCAUACUCUUACAAUAUUUGGCCAAAGGCUUCUAAGGCAUUGGGUAACUCAUCCGUUAUGUGACAGAAAUAUGAUUGCUGCCCGACUUGAUGCUGUUGUUGAGAUUUCAGAAUAUAUGGGUGGCUGUAACACUUCUGUUGGAUACCAGCAUCUUGGCGAGGGCGACUCUGAUGCUGCAGCUGCUCCAAGUGAGAUAAAUUUUGUGAUAUCUUCAGUUUUGACUACAUUGGGACAGUCCCCUGAUGUGCAACGUGGGAUAACAAGAAUUUUUCAUAAGACAGCCACCCCAUCUGAGUUCAUUGCAGUUGUUCAUGCUGUUUUACUAGCUGCAAAGCAACUUCAACAACUUGAAGUUGUAACAGUUCAAUCUGCAUUGCUGAGAAACUUGAUUCAGACUGCUGCUUCAUCCAGCUUGAUAAGCUGUUCUGCCAAGUUUAUGUCAUCCUUGAAUAAAGAGGCAGCUGAGAAGGGGGACCUUUUGAAUCUCAUUUGCAUUGUUGAUGGCCAGUUUUCUGAGGUUGCCGAAGCCAGAAAGAAGGUAGAGGUGGCUAAUGAGAAGUUGGAAUCCCUUAUCAAUAUGUAUCGCAGGCAGCUUAGGAUGCAUACCUUGGAUUUUAUAACUGUGUCUGGAACAACUCAUCUGAUAGAGCUGCCUUCAGAGACUAGGGUACCUUCAAACUGGGUGAAGAUUAAUAGUACAAAGAAAACAGUUCGCUAUCAUCCACCAGAAGUUUUAACUGCUUUGGACCAGUUAUCAUUGGCAAAUGAAGAACUAACUGUCAUUUGCCGCUCUGCAUGGGAUAAGUUUUUGGGGGAAUUUGCUAGGCAUUAUGCAGAGUAUCAAGCUGCUAUUCAAGCACUUGCUGCUUUAGAUUGUUUGCAUUCUCUCGCAGUUUUGUCGAUAACUAAGAAUUAUGUACGUCCAGUUUUUGUGGAAGAUAAAGAACCUGUUCAGAUGCAGAUUGUCUCUGGUCGUCAUCCGGUUCUGGAGACUAUUCUAGAAGACAAUUUUGUCCCAAAUGAUACUUUCCUUCACGGAGAUCAACAGUAUUGUCAGAUUGUUACCGGACCAAAUAUGGGUGGCAAGAGUUGCUAUAUUCGCCAAGUUGCCCUCAUUACAAUAAUGGCCCAGGUUGGUUCUUUUGUACCAGCGUCCUCUGCUAAACUUCAGGUGCUAGAUGCUAUUUAUACUCGAAUGGGUGCUUCGGAUAAUAUUCAGCAAGGAAGGAGCACCUUUCUGGAGGAACUUAGUGAGGCUUCUCACAUACUCCACAACUGUACAUCGCACUCUCUUGUAAUUAUGGAUGAAUUGGGGAGAGGCACAAGUACACAUGAUGGAGUUGCUAUUGCCUAUGCUACUCUGCACUAUCUUCUGAAGCAGAAGAAAUGCAUGGUGCUAUUUGUCACUCACUACCCUAAAAUUGCUGAUAUUCAGAAAGAAUUCCCUGGUGCAGUUGGAGCAUACCAUGUCUCAUAUCUGACAACAGGGAGAGAUAAUUUUAGCCCUUUAUCUGGUGAAACUGAUGGCAAUAUGGACCAUGAAGAUGUUACAUACCUCUACAAGCUUGUGUCGGGUAUCUCCCAGAGGAGUUUCGGUUUCAAGGUUGCUCAGCUGGCACAGCUUCCACCAUCAUGUAUUCAGCGAGCAAUGGAGAUGUCUUCAAAGUUGGAAAAAUUGAUCCAAAGGAGAACCAGAAAUCGUUUACAAGAAACACUGUUGACAGAUGGUGCAAGUGAUGCAUCAGAUAAUCUAUCAGAUCUUGCUGAUUUGCUGAAUAAAAAUGACAACAGAGGCAUGAUCCAAUUGGCUGAUGCUUAUAUUAAGUUCUUUCGGAACCUGUGGUUGAUCUUGGGAAAUAAUGACCUUGGAAAGCAACCUGAUACUUGGAAGUCUGCUAGGAGUGCUGCAGCUGAGUUGAUUGCACGUUUUGCAGGUGAUUUAUGCUAACACUUUCUUCUACGGCUUGUGGAAGUGGCAAGAAUGACAAUUCGAAACUACAAAACAAGUAGUUUCUCCAGAUUUCCCCCCAGCACUAACCCCUAGUCCCCUAUGUAUAGAAGUAUUUCAUGUACAAUAAUGUAACGAUACUAGUGCACAUUUUGCAAUGUCUUGGGAUGCAAGUGUGUUUACUAUGAUUUGUAACUUGAUCAAAUCAAUUUUGUAAAUCUUGUUAGGCUGAUUCUUCAGUUGAGAGACGUAUGGUCAAGCAUAUAAAAUUACAUUUCCCGCUGA